AUGGUUGGAAUGAAAUGCUAGGCUGGUAGGGGAUGAAAUUGGUGUUGAGUGGAGCUGAAGAGACAGACUUGUGGGGUUAGUUUCAGAAUAUUGGACAAUUUGAUGGUCAAAUCGCCAUUUGCCGGCAAUUUCCCACUUUAUUUGUUUAUUUGUUUCAGAGUAGUGAAGGUUGUGGUGGCGGCAAACGAACGGGCAAGUUUGAGAACAGCCUGUCUGUUCACUUUAGGGCCUGGUGUGGUGGUAGUGGGUGAAACCACUGGAGCCUCUGCGGUCGUGGCACCGUAUUGUGGGCCUCCUGGCGGAGCGAAACAUCAUAUUUCUGGUGGACGGUAAGACUAACCCUACCGGGACCCGUUCGUGCACAGAUCUCGUGGCACAUUCAUCAAUUUCUGGAGCUACCACAGGUGCUGGAUCUGUUUUAGCCGCUUUUUCCACUGCUGUCUAGCGCCG